AAUGCCAAAACAGUAACCAGGCCAUUUCGGGGAGGGCUACUUAUUAUCAGCAUGCGAUAGUUUUUGCAACAAAACAUCGGUUGAUAACGAUUCGCGUUAGGUAAUUUUAAUGUAGUAUGUUACCGACGCGGUUUCAUCCAAGUUGCGUGUAUUUUCCCAGGGGAUAAGAUGUGACAUAGCUGUACAUAGCCUCGGUUUUACAUUACCGCAGAAUCAGCCGCGAUGGCUACAGGUGGACUGUACAAACUAGACGACGGUGAAGCAUUUCUCACAAAUUGUUUUCCUGUCAGAUCAUUCUUUCAGCCAAGCAAAGAAGGAGCAGGGCAUUGGCUUGUAGCUCAAAGAAAUGCCAUUGAAGAAAAAUACAGAAGUAGAAACACUAGAGCACACUGCACUGCAGAGGAAUCAGUGGUGUCUGGCAGUACAAAGCUUCACGACUCGACGAAAACAGAUAUCAGCUGCAACACGUUAGACCGGUCUCUGUUGAUGAGAUUACACUGUGUGGACAAGCCUUCUGCAUUGUGCAAUGUUAAUAUUAGUGAUCAGAAAUUGCACUCGGCCAAGCCAGAGGACUUUGAAGAAUUUGACAAUGUUGCUUACAUCAAUGCUUCUGAAAAUCAUUUGAAUUUGGAGCCUUUCAACAGGUUUCCCAUCCUAAGGGAGCUGGAGCUGUCGCUGAACAGAAUAUACAGCCUGCGGGUGAAUGCUGGGGACUUUCCUCAUCUGGAGGUGCUGGACUUGUCCUACAACCACCUGUCCAGUGAUGAUGUCCUGUCCGUAGGGCUGCUUCCUUGCCUCAAAGUCCUUCACCUCACAGGGAAUGGACUGCAGACACUACCCGACGACAUGGCUUCUCCACUCCAUGACCCUACUCAGUGGACCUCAGAUCAGAGCAAGCUGUUCACUUCCCUAGAGGUUCUGAUGCUUGAUGACAAUAAUCUGUGCUGUCCAGGAGUCUUCAACAGCCUUGCCAAUCUCAAAAGGCUACAGUAUUUAAAUCUUCAGGGAAACUACAUCACGGAGGUGCCGUUCCUGCAACAGUUUGGGGACACAGAGGAUCUCAAGAGCUGCAGCCAAAAACACGGUGAAGAUCUGGGACAUGGACAGGACCUUGUUUCAGACUCUGAAAUGUGGGCAACCAGCAACAAAUCUGUGGAGAGAACUGAUGCAGAUAAUAGCGAUUUUCCCUGGGUGCAGAAGGAACUCAACAAGAACAGCACUAGUGAUGAUUACACCCAUCGGAGGACACAUUCCACGCUACAAAUUUCCAGUGAAUUCAACCUUCCCCUUCCGGAGCUGAGAUUCUUGAAUCUGGCUGACAACAAGAUUGCAGUAGAAGAGGCGCUGUUAGCGGUGGCCUGGUUUCCUUCACUCACUGAGCUUGUGAUUCACUCGAACCCACUCACCACCCAGAGGAGUGGGGAUCCACCUAUGCUGACCCACUUCCUCCACGACAGGCUGGGUGUCUCCAUAAGGAGGCAGAAAACACAGCACUUUGUGAAACCACGCAUUGUGAUUCCAGUCAACCAAAAACGAAAGGUGGAGACAAAAAUUCGAAAGGUCCCAAAAGUACCUCUAAGCUUGGAGGCUGCAAGUAGCCAUUUUCUUCACGGUCACUCGUCCAUUUCGGAGAAAUACACAGAAGAUUUGCUGGAUAAAACAGUUCCCCCAGAGCGUGUUAAUCUGCAGUCUCCAAACUGUCCUCCUCACAUGAGCUGUCAGGGAAUUGACAAUGAAGAGGGAACAGAUUAUCACGGGUUGAAUGAUUCAGAGGAGAAAGCCAAUGACUCACCAGGAGCUAAAAACCUGGAGAAGGAAGCUUUCUUUUUAACACAGGUGAAUGACCUGGAUGGAUCGACUUGGCAAGAGGAAUCAGAGCGGCAGGAACCUGACAGCGAACAACAAAGACAGGAAGAUUCAAUUCCGGACAAAUUCAGAGGCUACGAAAUAUUGCUGGAUGCUAAACCAGAUCCAUUCAUGUUUGAGCCCGUUGGAAUCCAGCAAACGGUUAGAGUUUUGGAACUGGCACUCAAAAACCUCCUUGUUUACAGAGAUUCCAAGGCUAAUACUGAUCUGCUUCAGAAACCUUACACAGAAAAGGAGAAAAGAAUUGGUAAACUACUACAGGCAAAACCAAGGAGACUAAAAGGAGAGAAGGCUGAAGAUGCUCUGACCAAAAUUAAGGACAGAAGAACAAUAAAUAAAGUCCCUUUAGACAAGGUUCUUAAAGGCAAGGAUGUCUACAAGAAGGAAUACGAAGAGGCUUGGACUUUGUUGAAGGACAUGAAAAAAAAGUACAAGAUUGUUCAUAUGAAAGCAGAAGAGUCAGCUCAAGUGGAGAGCAGCGAACACACAAACCUGGAUGGGAGGAUGGCGAAGCAAGAAUAAAGGAAGAACUUGUAUACACUUUUCCUUCCCCAAGGCUUUGGAAACCACCUUUAUCAUGCGAUGUUGAUUGCUCAUAGUCUGCUAAAGCUGAGAAAAAACAUUCUUCACAUUCAGUGUGGUGUUCAAAACAGCAAACACUAAAAACCUAAACUCACCAAAUAGAAAC